CUCCUCCUUGUGCUUCCUGGGUUGUGCAAAUGGACGUCGAGCGCGCCGGCCGUGUGUGUGACUUUACUGGAAAGAAGUGCGGAGCCGUUUUGCGGUGGACAUCUAUCUGUUCGGUCGCUGCCAUAACUGAGGAACGCGGGACAAGGUGGGGGCAGCCCGAGUGCGGAUCAGCCCCCGAUGGAGCCGGAGGGUGGUGAUGCUCAGCAGUCAUCACUGCAUCGCAGCUCCGCACGCAGCGCUGGGUCCAUCGACUCCACCACGCCACCCUCUGAAGGGGUCAUUCCUGAAGAUGUGAUGACUGUGGACAAGACAACCAUCGACAAGCUCGCACGUGGCCUGCUUUCUCAUUACUUACCAGACCUGCAGCAUUCGAAACAAGCCCUUCAGGAGCUAACACAAAAUCAGGUGGUUUUGCUUGAUACACUGGAACAAGAAAUUGCAAAGUUCAAAGAUUGCAAUUCACUGCUUGACAUAAAUUCACUGUUUACAGAAGCAAAGGUCUACCAUAAUAAACUGGUUAACAUACGAAAAGACAUGAUGAUGAUUCACGAAAGGACUACAAAACUAAAGAAAAGAGCUUUGAAGCUGCAGCAGCAGAGACAGAAGGAAGCGCUGGAGAAGGAGCAACAACGUGAGAAGGAGCUGGAAAGAGAAAGACAGCUUAUUGCGAAACCUGCCAAAAGAACAUAAACUCCACCCACAGCAGCUGUGGAAGCUCAGUUUCUCCAAGAACAGAGGGCUCACAGGUGGAUUGUGAGGAACCUGCCUCUGCAGCCUUGGAGAGCUGGUGUUUGUGCCAGGAAUUUGUACACAACGAAAGCCACAUGUGCUUCCUCUGUCCUUUAAUUAAAUAUAAGCUUGACAAACA